AUGCAGUUGAACCCAUUCGUUUGCUCUGGACUGUUUGAUAAUGAUGAUGUCAAGCCGUUUGACAUAACACGAACUAAAGGCUACUGGAAACAGAAAGUACUAAGAAAUAAUUUCCCUCCACUUGAAACAUCUGAUGAUGAUAUGAAGGUAGAAGGAACUCAUAGUGUUGCUGUUGGAGGUAGACCCAAGAAGAGACUUUGCUGUUCCAAAGAGAAAGAAAUAAACUUGCAUUUUGCUGACAAAACAGAGUCUACUGAUGCUAGCCUACGUGAUCAAAGUGGUGGUCCUUUCAGCUCCGAAGGUGGCAUGGGAAAGAGCAGACUGAAAGGAGGACACUCUUCUGUAUCCUUAUCAGGGCAAGAUGCAAUGUUGCCAAUUUGUAUGCAAAAUUUGACCAUAGGAUCUCAAGUUGAAGUGAUUUCUCAAGAUAGUGGCAUCAGAGGGUGCUGGUUCAGAGCUUUGAUCAUCAAGAGGCACAAAGAUAAGGUCAAAGUGAAGUAUCAAGAUAUCAAGGAUGCAGAUGAUGAUGCAAGAAAUUUGGAGGAGUGGGUUUUGGCAUCUCGAUUAGCUGUAGAAGAUGAGUUAGGAAUCCGGAUUUGUGGAAGGACCAUUAUUAGACCCUUGCCAUUGUCUUAUUGGGGCAGACUGUCCAACAUAAUUAAUGUUGGAAGCAUUGUUGAUGCAUGGUGGCAUGAUGCGUGGUGGGAAGGCAUCGUAGUGAAGAAAGAAUCUGAAGAUGAGCUACAGGUUUAUUUCCCAGGAGAGAAGAAAGAGCAAAUCUUCAGUUCAGGGGAUUUGAGGCACUCGCGCGAAUGGUAUGAAAAUGGCUGGAAAUGUUUGAAGGAAACACAGGAGAUAGUCUCAAUAUUGUCUAGUUACAAGAAUAAACAGAGUGUGGAAAAUUCUUCCGAUAUUAAUCUAGCGGAUGCAUAUAAAAAUAGAGACCAUGUAGAAACCAAUGGUAACAAUGCGUUGCCUGUAAAGAUUGUUGUUGGAUUAGGCGACUCUAUCGCUAGCAUUGAUGACAAGUCAAUGGAGUUAAAGAUUGCUAGGGACCUCACUAAAUAUUUGGUCGGUCAAUUAAGGUGGAAGUCCUCUGGGAAGAGAAGACGCAGUAGAAGCCCUGUUCACAACGUACAUGAUGGUGCUAAUAGUAGCGAUUGGGGAAUCCAGGCUUUUGAUGGAUUCUUUGCUAAUUCAUCCUUUAAAGUUGAUCUGGACAACUGUAAAUAUGCCAUUGAUGCUCUCCAUACUUCAACAGUGGUUUCUUCUUUUCCGAACUUGGUUGUCUAG